AUGACUUUCCUCGAAAAUUGCAGGGACCUAGUAGUAAAAAAGAACAAAAAGGAGAGUGCGUCAUUACGUCCUAGCAGGAGCUUGGGUUCACGGAUCCACGGAUUGAUACACAGGAUCGAGGCUUUUGCCCAAGUUUCCCGGGUCGGUUUUGUUCUUGUCGGUCGCGGGACGUGUGGGACCCUAUCAAAUGCUUUUGAGAAGUUGAAAAAUAUGGCACCCAAUAUGAAUCCCUCACGCUUGGCUUGGGUUAGGCUGUCCAUAAACACGAGCAUGUUUGCCACACAAGGGCGGUUUGGGAGAAAUGCGUGUUGA